UAGUACCUCUGGACCGCACAUCUUUAAAACUGUGGAUUUGUUUGUUUGAUAAUAAAUGGACGGUGUGCCCUGCCUUCGUGUGUCGCAGUGCCAUGCUCAGCAGUUCAGGAAAUGUCUACAGUCCCAAGGUGCUCUGGACCAAAGUUUGUGCUUAUUGAAAGAGUCGGAUGGGACUGUCCUUCUGCCCAUCUUACAAUCUUGUUUAUCACAACUUGAUCUUCGGUUUCUCAGAGCCAUGGUGGACUCAGAGAGUACCUGUGAAGUAGUUUGGAGUCAGGCUUCAAUUCAGUCAAAGAAGGAGAGAAGGACGAGUGGUAAUAAACUAGCGAAAAUCCUUGAGCAGCUGUUGGAGUCUAAUGGAGAAACGUGGACGGAGGAGCUGAGGGGGGAUAUUCCUCACAACUUCCAGCAGCAUGAAGACUUAGUCCUGCUGGGAGACAACUGUUUCUGCCUGCCAAUGUGGAAGAAAAUAGAUAAACAACUAUGGAACGCAGUAGCCAAAGGUCUGGGGGCUAAACGCCUGGCAAGAAUGAGUCGAAUAUCCAGGGACGGAUUUAGGUCUCCUGUAGUGACGAUGCUGUUAGGAGAGGACAGCUGGGUCAAACAUGUGGACAAUGGGAUUAGGUACGAGUUUGAUGUGACUAAAUGCAUGUUCUCAUCUGGAAACGUAACAGAGAAGCUGCGGAUAGCUGGAUUUGACUGCAGAGGAGAGACUGUGGUUGAUUUAUUUGCAGGUAUUGGAUACUUCACUCUCCCAUAUCUGGUACACGCGGGAGCCGCACAAGUUCACGCCUGCGAGUGGAACCUAGACGCAGUCGAAGCUCUACGGAAAAACCUUGUGGCCAACGGGGUGUUUGACCGCUGCACAAUUCACCAAGGAGAUAAUCGAAAACUCCAGCUGUGUGAUGUUGCUGACCGGGUGAAUCUGGGCCUCAUACCAAGCUCUGAGGGCGGCUGGCCCAUCGCCUGUCGCCUGCUAAAGAAAACAACUGGUGGCAUUUUACACAUUCACCAAAACGUUACCUCACCAUUACCGAACACUGCACCCAUUCCAGCCAUCGAUGAUGCCACCCAGAGGGUUUCUGGGAAGAAAGCAGACAGAGAGGUGUGGCAGGCCUGGGCUGAUGACACAGCAAAAAGCAUCACCUCAAUGUUAAAGGACCUCACUGGUGCAUCGUGGAUAACAAACAUCCAGCACAUUGAGCAUGUUAAGUCAUAUGCACCUCAUAUUCACCACAUUGUCCUGGACUUGGAGUGCAGACCAUCCUGAACUUGAUUAAUAAAUACAGAAACUGAGCCGACAAUGUGGC